AUGUUUAAUACUAAAAUAUUUGACGGAACAACGCCGCCGAGCUCAUCUGCUAUAAAUAUACCCAUAACAAAUUCAACUUCAUCAGAUAAUUCAUCAGGUAUUGGAAUAGGACUUGGUGGCAAUAAUAAUAAUUCUCAACCAAUAGAUAUAACUUAUCAACGACAACAAUCUAUUUUUAAUAAUUCUAGAUUCCGAAGAGAAUCUAUAGCUCAUUCUCAUGGAAUGGGUGGUGUAUCUUGGGGGUCGGUAACCAUUGGUUCUUGGUUAAAAGAUGAAGUUAUGACUUCCAAUAAUUCCGGGAACUUUAAUAAUGCAACUAAUUUCCAACAAAGUAAUUCUGGUGGUAGUGGAAGUACUACUCAAUUUUUAUCAAUAACUUCAAAUCAACCAAAUUUAAUUAAUCCUAGAAGAGGUUCUUUCCGUCAUGCCAUUAAUAAUAAUAGUAAUAAUAAUCAUCUAACAAGUAUAUCUAUGUCACCUCCUUUACAAACUUCAUCUUAUUUACCAGAAUUAGAAGCAGAUUAUUGUAAAGAUUAUAGUUGUUGUGGUGAAUUAUUACCUACUUUGCAUGACCUUUUAAGACAUUAUGAAGAAGCUCAUAUAAGUCCUUCACCUCCUCCUGAUCAAAGUCUUAAUAAUAGAAAUAGAACUAAUUUUAAUAAUAUUCAUAAUGUUUUAGAAACAGUUUCUACAACGGAUGUAUUUUUAAAUAAUACUCAACAAAUUUCCAAUCCUAGCUUAAAUUUACAUAAUAAUCAUUAUAAUAUUCAACCACAAGCUUUAAAUGCAAGUAAUUUAACUCAUUCAAAUGGAUUAAAUAAUUCUAAUCAUAAUAACAAUUCAAAUAAUAAUAUUUCUACUAAUACAGUUACUACAAAUCCAAAUCAUUUACAUCAGCAUCAUUCUCAACAACAAUCACCAAUUGGAAAUUCUCCAAGUUCUGCAACUCCAAUGGAAGAAGAAGAUGCUAUGUAUAUUGAUGAUCCAGCUCGUCAUCUUUAUGUAGUAGAAAAUGAUGAAAAUAAACCAUUUAGAUGUCCAGUUAUUGGAUGUGAUAAGAAUUAUAAAAAUCAAAAUGGUUUAAAAUAUCAUCGUUUACAUGGACAUCAAGGUCAAACUUUAAAAGAAAAUCCCGAUGGAACCAUAUCAGUAAUUGAUCCUGAAUCUAAUGCGCCAUAUCUUGAUAGUGCUGCUUUAGAAAAGGAUAAACCUUAUCGAUGUGAAGUUUGUGGUAAAAGAUAUAAAAAUCUUAAUGGAUUAAAAUAUCAUAGAGGCCACACAACUCAUUAA